CUCAAAUUGACGCAAACUGCCGUUAAAUUCCAAUGAAGAAGAAGAACUCAAGGCUAGCAUAAAAAUUCAACAAAUAUGAGACUUUAAUGAAGUAUGUGAUAGUUAAACAUUGUGAGCUGGUUCGAGAGAUAACUAGAUACUUUAGCGGAUAUCGAAAUAUCACUUUUAUGAAUAUGCUUCAGCAUCACCAGUGGAGAGGAAGAGGAGGAGGAGGGGGAGGAAGGAGAGGUUGUGUCAGGUGGAAACGGGGACCUCUAUGGAUAUCAUCAUCACCCUCCACCGGCUCGCAUCCUCAGCACCGACAGCAUCUCCUGGCCGGCGGUCACCGCUGCAGACACACAGCGCUCCUUUAUGCGCAUAGGCCUGGUGUAGCCACAGACUCACCGAGCUGCUGCUGUGCUUUCCUCCUGUUAGAAGGACUAUUUGAGGGGAAGACCCUGCUGGAAUAAAAGCGAAGCGUCAGUCUCCUCCAUUGAUAAACCGCUCUCCUCAUCGACGUCUUGGUAUAAGAAGAGGACAAACCAAUCCAAGGAAACUGAGGGUAAAGCUGAAGGGUGUUGGGCGCGAUGGCUAAUGCCUCCCCGGACCUGGACAACGCGGAAGCCCAGCGCCAGCUCAACAACAACAACCGACCAAUCGGCUCCGGGUUCUGGGAAACAGAGUGUACCAGCUCCAAACUGUUUGAGUGCUCCCGCAUUAAGGCCUUAGCAGAUGAACGAGAUGCGGUGCAGAAGAAGACUUUCACAAAGUGGGUUAACUCCCAUCUGUCCAGAGUUUCCUGUCGAAUAUCUGACCUGUACAAUGACCUGAAGGAUGGAUACAUGCUCACCAGACUGCUGGAGGUCCUCAGUGGAGAGCUGCUGCCGAGGCCGACACGAGGGCGUAUGCGGAUCCACUGCCUGGAGAACGUGGAUAAAGCGCUCCAGUUCCUCAAAGAACAGAGGGUUCACCUGGAGAACGUCGGGUCACAUGACAUUGUAGAUGGAAACCACCGCCUCACCCUUGGCCUUAUAUGGACCAUCAUCUUACGCUUCCAGAUCCAGGUGAUCAAAAUAGCAACGGAGGACAACAGAGAAACUCGCUCUGCCAAGGAUGCCCUGCUGCUCUGGUGCCAGAUGAAGACGGCAGGGUACCCUGAGGUCAACAUCCAGAAUUUCACCACCUGCUGGAGAGACGGACUCGCCUUCAAUGCCCUCAUUCACAGACACAGACCUGACCUGAUAGAAUUCCACAAGCUAACGCGGUCCAAUGCAACCCACAACCUCCAGCAAGCCUUCAACAUCGCUGAGCAGCACUUGGGGCUCACCAAACUCCUGGACCCUGAAGAUGUGAACACAGAAAACCCAGAUGAAAAGUCCAUCAUUACCUAUGUGGUCUCCUACUACCACUACUUCUCCAAGAUGAAGGCUCUUAUUGUGGAGGGCAAGAGGGUUGGCAAGGUGCUCGACAACUGUAUUGAUGCGGAGAAGAUUGUCAACCGCUACGAGGAGCUGGCGUCAGACCUGUUGGACUGGAUAGAAAAGACCAUCGCAGUAAUCAGCAACCAGAAGUUUGCCAACUCGCUAACGGGAGUUCAGCAGCAGCUACAAGCCUUCACGACCUACUGCACCAUCGAAAAGCCCAUCAAGUUUCAGGAGAAGGGUAAUCUUGAAGUUCUUCUCUUCACUAUCCAAAGCAAACUCAGAGCCAACAACCAGAAACCCUACGUGCCUCAUGAAGGGAAGCUCAUCUCAGACAUCAACAAGGCCUGGGAGAGGCUGGAGAAGGCGGAACACGAGAGGGGUGUGGCUCUGCGUAAGGAGCUGAUCCGUCAGGAAAAGCUGGAGCUGCUGGCUCAGUGCUUUGACCACAAAACCACCAUGAGACAAGCAUGGCUCAACGAGAACCAGAGACUUGUAUCACAGGAUAACUUUGGCUACGACCUUCCAGCAGUUGAGGCGGCAAUGAAGAAACACGAGGCCAUCGAGGCCGACAUAGCAUCGUAUGAAGAGCGAAUAGGAGUGGUUGUGGAACUUGGUGCAGAGAUGGAGUCAGAAGGAUACUAUGACAUACGACGUAUCCUGGCACGAAAGGAGAACAUCCUGGGUCAGUGGAGUCUGCUGAAGGAGCUGGUGGCUGGGAGGAGGACCCGGCUGGAGAAGAACCUGGCGCUGCAGAAGACUUUUCAGGACAUGGUCUACAUGAUCGACUGGAUGGAGGACACACAGGUGCAGCUGUUGUCAAAGGACUUUGGGAAGCAUCUCUUGGAGGUGGACGACCUGCUGCAGAAACACUGCCUGCAGGAAGCCGACAUAGCUGUGCAGGCUGAGAGGGUCGAGACACUCAACACAGCUGCUCUCAAAUUCACGACUAUAGAAGGGUAUCAACCUUGUGACCCCCAGGUGAUCUGUAACCGUGUCAACCACGUGUCCUCCUGUCUGGAGGAGCUGAAACAACUGGCAGAUAAAAAGCGCUCAGAGCUGGAAGAGUCGAGACAACUGUGGGCCUUCUUUCAGGAGCUGGAGGAGUCGGAGGCCUGGAUCAGGGAGAAGAGCUCCAUCCUGGGAGCUCAGGGUUAUGGGAAGGACCUGAGCAGUGUGUUGAAGUUGCUCCAAAAACACAAGACGCUGGCAGGAGAACUGUUGGCUCACCGCUCACUGCUGCAGAACACCAUGAAGCGAGGGAAGCAGAUCCUGAGUGAGAAGAGUUUUGGCACCGCAGGGAUCCAGGAGCACAUCAUGGACGUGAAAAACGAGUGGAAGAGGCUGGAGGACCAGGCCGCGCAGCGUCUCGGUCACCUGCAGGAGGCACUAAACUUUUUUCAGUUCUCGACGGAGACAGACGACCUCGUGGCGUGGCUGCAGGAUGCUUAUCGCUUGGUCUCCAGUGAAGACUUUGGACAUGAUGAGUACUCCACCCAGUCACUGCUGAAGAAACACAGAGGGGUCAGCGAGGCCAUCGACAAACAUCGUGUGCAUGUGUUGUCACUGCACAAACACAUGAUAGCGCUGCCUCUGAGAUACCGGGAACAGGAGGAGUCACAGGUGCGUAUGGGAGAGGUGGAGCAGCUUUAUACCGAGGUGGUUGAAGUGGCAGUGCUCAGACAGCAGUGGCUUCAUGACGCCCUUGCAGUCUACCGCAUGUUCAGUGAGGUCAAUGCCUGCGAGCUGUGGAUUGAUGAAAAGGAGCAGUGGCUGAACAAGAUGGAGAUCCCUGAGAAACUGGAGGACGUAGAGGUGGUGGCACACAGGUUUGAGAGUCUGGACCAGGAGAUGAACAGUCUGAUGGGAAGGAUCCUGGAUGUUAACCAGAUAGUCCAGCAGCUCCUGGAUGGAGGUCACCCUUCUUCUACAGAGGUCAGAGGAUGUCAGGACCACCUUAACUCCAGGUGGAACAGCAUCGUGGAGCUGGUUGAGCUGAAGAAAGAUCAGUUGGACUCGAUGUUACGCCUGCAGAACUACCUACUCGAGUGUGCUGAGAUCAAAUCCCAGAUCCAGGACAAGAGAAAAGCCAUUGAUGCCACUCAGUACAUGGGCAGUGACCUGGGAGGAGUCCUGGCUCUGCAGAGACGCCUCACCACCAUGGAGGGAGCUCUGUCUGUUCUGGAGCCUAAACUGCUACAUCUACAGGAAGAGGCUGAGUAUCUGGCGACCGGUCAUGCAAGUCGAGCCAUGGAGGUUCUGGUUCCAUUUGAUGGCAUCAGUGUGGAGUGGGAGGAGCUCAAACGCACCCUGCAGGGGUGUGAGGACUCACUGAUGGUGGCUAGCAGGCUGCAGAGCUUCAUACAGGACCUGGACUCGUUCCUCACCUGGUUGGUCCAGACCCAGACGUCUGCUGCUUCGGAUCAGCUGCCCAAUGAUCUCGAGGAGGCAGAGAAACUCAUCAACAAACACGCUGCCCUAAAGGAGGAGAUCGGACGUUAUGAAGAGGACUAUGAACGCCUGCAGGCCAUGAAUGAGCUGCUGGAGUCGGAGGAGGCUCCUCUCCCUCAGGCCGCCUUGCAGCAGUGGCUCCAGAAGCUGGAUGUCGGCUGGAACAAACUGCUGGAGAUGUGGGAGAGCAGGAGAGAGGUUCUGGUCCAGGCUCACAUUUUCCAUCUGUUCCUCCGAGAUGUCAAACAGGCCGAGUCCUUCCUCAACAACCAGGAGUCAGCCCUUGCUCAUGUGGAACUGCCAACCACAGUGGAAACAGUUGAAGCUGCCAUAAAGAAACACAAGGACUUCACCACCACCAUGGAGCUGAACCUGCACCGGAUCAAAGCUGUGAUCGAGGCCGGAGAGAGCCUGAUCAGCCAAAGUAACAUCUACUCCGACCGUAUUAAGGAACGCAUCGACACACUCGCCAAAAGGGGAAACCAGAACAGAGAGCUGGCACAGCAGUGGCUGGACAAACUGAACGACCAGUGGGAGCUUCAGAGGUUUCUCCAGGACUGUCAUGAGCUUGGGGACUGGGUGUACGAGAAGAUGCUGAUGGCGAGGGACAGUAGCCGAGACGAGACCCAGAAGCUUCAUAAGAAAUGGCUGAAGCACCAGGCCUUCAUGGCAGAGUUGGCCCAGAACAAGGAGUGGCUGGACAAAAUCGAGAAGGAGGGCCAGCAGCUGAUCCAGGAAAAGCCCGAGCUCAGCCCGGUUGUUCGAAAGAAGAUACAGGAGAUCAGGGAGUGCUGGCAGGAUCUUGAAAGCACCACUCAGGCUAAAGCCCGUUCGCUUUUUGAGGCCAACAAGGCUGACCUACUGGUUCAGAGCUAUGAAAGCCUCGACCAGAGACUGGGCCAGCUGGAGGGUCAACUGGCCUAUGUGGACCAGGGACAGGACCUCACCACUGUCAACAAGCACCUGAAAAAACUACAGACCAUGGAAAGCCAGAUGGAGGAGUGGUACAGGGAAGUGGGUCAGCUUCAAGUGCAGGUGGCCACCAUCCCGCAGCUCACACAGGUCAAAGAGACUGUCGCCGGCCGCCAAGCUGCCGUGGAGGCCAGAAUGGUGCGACUGAUCGAGCCGCUGAAGGAGAGACGGCGCAUCCUGCUGGCAUCGAAGGAAGUUCACCAAGUCGGACGAGACCUGGAAGAUGAGAUUUUGUGGGUCCAGGAGCGCCUCCCACUGGCCAUGUCUCAGGAACAUGGCUCUUCUCUGCAGGAGGUCCAACAGCUCAUGAAGAAGAACCAGACACUUCAGAGGGAGCUGCAGGGCCACAGGAGCAGGAUCGACGACGUCUUGGAGAGGGCAGGGAUCAUCGCUUCCAUACGCAGCCCUGAGGCCGACUACGUCAGGGCAGGCCUGGACCAGCUGGCCCAGCUGUGGGCUCUGCUGUGGACAGAGACGGAGAGGAGGCAGCUGGUGCUUGAUGCCAUGUAUCAGGCCCAACAGUACUUCUUUGACACAGCAGAGGUGGAGGCCUGGCUUAGCGAGCAGGAGCUGCACAUGAUGAACGAGGAGAAGGGGAAGGAUGAACCAAGCACACUGCAGCUUCUGAAGAAACACUUGAUCCUGGAACAGACCAUUGAGGACUACGCUGAGACCAUCGGCCUGCUGUCUCAGCAGUGUCGACAGCUGCUGGAAAUGGGACAUCCAGACUGCGAGCACAUCAGCAAGCGUCAGUCUCAGAUCGACCGUCUGUACGUGUCUCUGAAGGACCUGGUGGAGGAGAGAAAGAGCCGCCUGGAGCAGCAGUACUGGCUGUACCAGCUCAACAGGGAGGUGGACGAGCUGGAGCAGUGGAUCGCUCAGAGGGAGGUGGUCGCAAGCUCACCCGAACUCGGUCAAGACUAUGAGCAUGUUACUGUCCUGCAGGAGAAGUUUACAGAGUUUGCCUCAGAGACCGGCAGCGUGGGGCAAGAGCGAGUGACCGCUGUAAACCAGAUGGUGGACGAGCUGAUCGACUAUGGCCACUCAGAGGCCGCCACCAUCGCUGAAUGGAAGGAUGGGGUGAAUGAGGCGUGGGCAGAUUUACUGGAGCUCAUGGAAACCCGGGGACAGAUGCUUGCUGCCUCACAUCAGCUGCACAAGUUCUUCUCUGACUGCAGAGAGGUACUGGCCCAAAUUGAGGACAAACAUCGAAGGCUGCCUGAAGUUCGGGCUCGUCAAGGAAGCACUGCCAACACCAGCACCCUGCAGAGACUCUUGCACAGCUUCGAACAAGACAUACAGCUGCUGGUCACGCAAGUGCGUCAACUCCAGGAGAGUGCGGCCCAGCUGAGGACGGUGUACGCUGGCGAGAAGGCCGAAGCCAUUGCCUUCCGCGAGCAUGAAGUGAUGCAGUACUGGAAAGAGCUGCUGACGUCGUGUGAGGAGUGUCGAGUACAAAUCACCACUGAGACGGACAAGCUGAGGUUCUUCAGCAUGGUUCGGGAUCAGAUCAUUUGGAUGGAGUCGAUCAUCUGUCAGAUAGGGACUGGAGAGAAGCCCAGGGAUGUGUCGUCAGUAGAGGUUCUGAUGAACUAUCACCACAGUCUGAAGAGCGAAGUCGAGGCUCGCAGCCGGAGCAUGGUGGAGUGUAUCGAGAUGGGCAAGACCCUGCUGGCUGCUAGGAACCCGGCAGCUGAAGAGAUCAAGGACAAGCUUGAAAAGGUUAUUAAUAAGCAGAAUGAGCUGUCUGAGAAGUGGGACAAACACUGGGAGUUCCUACAGCAAUUGUUGGAGGUUCACCAGUUUGCCCAGGAGGCGGUCGUGGCCGAGGCGUGGUUGACGGCUCAGGAGCCGUUCAUCAGCAGCAAGGAGCUGGGAGGGAGCGUAGACGAGGUGGAGCAGCUGAUUCGUCGACACGAAGCCUUCCGCAAAGCAGCCGCCACCUGGGAGGAGCGAUUCAGCUCACUGCGACGACUCACUACGGUAGAGAAGUUGAAAGCAGAGCAAAGUAAACUACCCCCGACCCCUCUGCUGGGUCGUAAAGUCUUCCUGGACCCUCAAGAUGCUAUCCCCACUCCAUCCACACUCCCCCGCCUCCCAAUAUCCCCCGUAGCGAGACAAACCAUCUAUGAACAGAACGAAGCCAGCUCUCCUCCCUCGCCCUCACCUGCCACGCCGACACCCUCUCCUUCAUCCGUAGCUCGUAGACUGGGGUCAACGGUCGCUAACUACACCCCUGUGAUGAACGGCUCCAGCUACCGCCACACCCUGGAGUCACGACACAGUCCUGUAGUAGGUGUGGCAGCAGGACUAGGGCAGCCUUCCCCUUCUUCGAUCGCCUCAAUCGCCACAGCAGCCAUGUUAGUAUCGGCCAACCAGGCCAGAGAAAGCGCCAGCACAGCGAAAGAGCAGACAGUAAAGGUAAUGAGUCAUCUCCAGCCGACACAGGCAGCAAAGACCCUGGAGGUGAAAACAUCCCCUUAUCUACGGCAGGCAAAAAUCAAGCACUUGGAUGAUGCAGUGACACCGCUGCUGGUCGCCAGCCGGCUGGAGAAAGCAAGAGAGAAAGAGAGAGGGAGAGAGAGGGAGAGAGAGAUCAUGAUGGGAGAGAUCGGGACGGAGAAAGCAGAGGUGGCUGUGAUGGCUGAAGUGGUGCUACAAGAGCCGGGCAGGGAGCGUCUGCACAGCGAGCCUACCAGAGGACCUCGAGGGUCCAGGACUGACCCGUUAGGUCACGCAGAGCCCCAGGUACAGGUCCAGACCCACCACAGGGACCACAAGAUAGAGAGGCAGCUGUCCAGCGAGCAGCUGAUCCAGGCACGCAGGGACGAGCUGCCCCCGGAGGUGUGGAGGGAACACGCCGAGAGGCGGGAGAGGCGGACGCUGGAGAGACAAACGUCUAGUGAGCAAGAGGGCCACGGGGGUCACGAGGGCCGGCGGAGAGAAAGGGACCGACACCGGCUAGAGAGACAGGAAUCCAGUGAGCAUGACACUGGGAGGGAGCAGUCAGACAGACGCUCAGGAGGAGGAGAAAGGAGAUCCACCCUGCUUGAAAUUGUAGAGCAGUUGCAAGAAAGAGAAGCAGCUCAGGCCCGUGGUGAGGUUCCCCGCGUGCCUAACGGGGUACCAGAAAAGUCUUCCCGUCCCGACCGGCCCAGAGCUCGGGACAGACCAAAACCACGGCGGCGACCACGACCCAAAGAGGCCGGAGAGACGACACGACGGUCCAGGUCUGCUCCGGCCCAGAGCAGCCCGGCUGUCCCCCAGCCACCAUCACACACCGCACACCAUGAGGGCUUCCUUUUCCGCAAGCUGGACAUCGAGAGCCUGAAGAAGAGCACCAAUAGCAGGUCAUGGGUCAACUUGUACUGCGUGCUGAACAAAGGGGAGAUGGGUUUCUACAAGGACGCCAAGAACACCUCCACGCCCUACAAUAACGAGCCGCUGCUCAACCUCUCCCACUGCCACUGCGACGUCACCAACGGAUACAAGAAGAAGAAGAACGUCUUCACGCUCAAAACGAAGGACGGCAGCGAGUUUUUGUUCCAUGCAAAAGAUGAGGACGACCUUAAAUCGUGGGUCACAAACAUCACCGCCAGUAUUACAGAGCACGAGGAGAUUGCCAAAUGGGGUCAGCCCCAACCAACUACCUCAUCCACCGACGAGGGCACGCGCCGCGACGGCAGCAAGGCAGACAACAGGUCGGAGCGAGGCGGCGAGCGCUCAGACAUGGGUGAUCGUAUCGAGCGGGCAGACAAAGAAACGGAGAAGGAGAGGGAGAGAGAGAAGGAGAAAGAGAAGGAGAGGGAGCGAGGAGAACGAUCAGAGAGGUCAGACCGGGGCGGGAAGUCGGAUGGAAAGCGCUCAGAGAAGUCCAGUAAGAAAAAGUGAGACGCACAACAGAUUUGUUGGGAUUUAAAGUGUCUGAACUCUACAGAGGAGGCGGGGCCAAAGACUGGUAGUGACAGCCCCCCCUCCUUCUCUCCACCUCCAACACUGUCAACAAAGCGGUUGUGUUUGGAUGGAAAGUAACACACAGGACAGAAGGAGUGACCCAGGCUCACUCUUAGGACGCACGGGGGGCGAAUUCGGAGCAGGAGACAUCUUUUUCUCUCUCUCUCUCUCUCUUGCUCUUUCUCUUCUUCUGUGUCUCAGUGAGAACACAGAGUUUACCUAUGCCCCCCCCUGGUGGCAGUUUCGGAGAACUGCAGGGGAGUUUUGUGCUGCUGAGCCCCUGGCAGCGUCACUGCGAGAGAGAGACGGUGAACGCAUCGAGUGAACUGAAAGGCUGUUACUGAUUGCUGGUAGUGCGAUAAAAACGUAGCUCAUUCUGUUCCACGUUUGUUUUUUCUAUGAGAUGAGCUGUAUCUGUAUGUAUUUCUCGUCUGUCUGUCCUAUCUACUGUAUCUAUCUGUCUGUCUGUAAGUCGAGACAUCCUACACUAUGUCUUAUUACUCCUCAGAAAUAGAAAGGGAAUGAAAGUAAGCCAAAUGUUUUACAGACGUACAAACUUACAGGAACAAAACUGCUUCCUGUCUCGAGCUCCGGCCAAACUAUGAUGCAGGAUUGAAACUGGUUUACUUUGAACCCAAACGGCACUAAAACCACAUUCAUCCACACGCACCACGAUGAAUAACAGCAACAGUUUUGUGCUGGUUUUAGGAUGAUGGAAAGAUGAGGAUGUAGGACAUGGGAAGAGAAGAAGACCUCAAAGCAAUCAGGACAGAACAAAGAAAGAAUAGAUGUUUAAUCACUGCCCUGAAACAUAGCUAAGGGCUUUUGAUUUUAACCCAGUGAAUGAUCACAACAGCAAAAGUUGCAGAGCAGCUUUCUUUUAUUUUUAAAGGUUUAUUUAGGACGACAGACUUUCUGUGGGAGAUUUAAGGAGGACAGAUGGGUCAGGAGACCUUUUAAAUAGAGACUACAGACAGCAGCUGCUUGGGCUCCCGGGUCUAAUCGAUGAGAAGUAAGAGUACGAGCAGAGGGUGUGUGCAGGGGUAAGAACUAGAUGAUAGACCGGGGCCCCAAGGUGCCUCAUUCACUCAAAUGCUCCUCAGUUUUAAUUCAAUCAGAUCAUCAUAGACGCUGAGAUUCAUGUUGUGAUCAUUGAGACUAAAGGUGAUCCACCUGUCAGGAUCAGUUUUUCCUAAACGUCAUUAUUGGCUUGGUCAUAAGCACAAAAUCAGCGCCUGGCUUUCUUUCUUUUCUUUUUUUAGAAUGAGGCCCUCGGGCUGAAAACCUCCUCAUCCGCUCUUUUAUUCUCUUACAACUUCAAACUGCUCAUCAGAUAUUCUCUUUGAGUUCAUCACACAGAUCUGUUGCAUCCCUUUUUUAAAAUACAGAUAGAAUAACGUUGUUUUUCUUUGGUGUGUACACAAGUGUGCUUGUGUGUUGGAGAGUGUGUGCGCGCGUGUGUGUGUGUGCAUGUUUGUGCUGCCGCUCUCUGCUCCCAGGGUCUCCAUAGCUCUCAGGUUCUUUAUGUUAGUAUGUGCUUACAGUGUGUUCAUAUGUUCGUCCCCCUCAGUCUUCCAGACAUGUCCGAUCUACCACGCAUCUCUACACACGCAGCAGGUAACACGAUGAAGAGUUUAAAAGGUCCUGUGACUUAUCACAUCAACAUCCAGUUUAGUGAGAAUGAAUGAGUGAUGAAUAACUGAAGCAGCCGAGAGCCAGGACGUCAGACUGACCAAAUAUUUAGUAACAAUGGGCUACAGAGUCUGUGAGGUGUGAGAUUGCAUGUUUUGCUUGGAAAGAAAUCACUCAUCAUCACAUAAGGCUUGUCUUUGCAGCCCACCGACUCAGCAUCCACUCAUUUGUUCUGUUUGAACUCACCACAAAGCCAUAGGUGACGGAAGGGAGGUCUGAAUAAGGAGAGUCAUUGUAGGAAACUGAACUUGUAAAUGCAGCUGGGCGAACGCCCUGGUAGAAGCACUCCAGGCAGAUACGGGUCAGGUAGCAUUUAAAAUCCUCUUUAUAUCAUUCUUUCAGUUCUGUUGUUUUUAUUCCUUUAGUGAAAGUCUUCUUUCUUUAAAAUGCAGGCAUGUCUUCUGUUUUUCCUUCAAGAUCAGAAUCCUCGACAAUCCAGUCCUUGAGUGAAGCCAUCUGCUGCUCUUUAAUGAAGGUUUGAGAGACUUUGAGGAUGAUGAUGGACUGGUUGGGUAAAUGUACGACAGGUUAACCUCCCCACUUCUUCAGGUAAAGAGAAACUGCCAUCCUGAGCUAUUUAGGCCCUCCAGUUUGGCUGCUGUUGCGAUCAUUACUCUUGAUUUGCAGCGCUUCAAACACUCAGUCUCUCCAGGACUCGUAUGUAAACCUGCAGCUUUGUAUUCUUUGACUCAUCUGCUGCUGAAACUGGAGCUAUGACUGCCAGCGGCUGUCAAUCAAACACAAACAGGACCCUGAAGGCGUCUCUGACAUUUACUAAAAAUGUUUUUAUCAUAUAAAUAUAUACGGACGGUUAACAAUAACAAACAGUGACAUAAGUUUGACUCAUCAGGAUGACAGAAUGAUUUCAGCAGGGCUUUUUUUUAAUCUUGCGGCCCAAAUAUCCUGCUCAGAAUCUGUCUUUAUAAUUCUUUGGCAUCAUAAAGCAAUAUUAAAUCACAUUGUCCCCGUUUUCAAAUUUAAAUAAUUCACCAAGGAUUUUAGAUUCUCCUGACCCGUUAGUCUGGUUUGUAUGUAUCAUAAAACAUGUCUUAAAAACUGUAACUUUUUUAAAAUCUUGUUUUAUUUCGACACACUUUAUGCAUCUUUACUGAGUGUGAAUGCAAGAUCAAUGCAAUCAUUUACAUGCAUGACGGACACAAACAAACAAAGUCAAAGAGAUGAAUCUUGAACGAGCAAAUCUUCCAAGUGUGAAGCGACAGUUCGGUCCUCUGCUGAGGGACUCUGACUCUAACAGCGUUAAUAAAAAUGACACUUUAUUCUUUUAGAUACACGCAGGACAAACAUGCAGGGUACAGCCGACUGAUGUCACGCCGUGUUGUUGUGAGGUUGUGUUUGUUUACAGCAGAAUGAGGAGUCCACAUGUGUGACGCCGCGACAGACUGAAGUGGAUUAUGGUUUGGACGAGCUCGGACUUUAGUGUGUUGGAGAGUUGAGGCCUGGAGGUCAGUGGUGUUUGGGAUCCAGCAGAGGAACGUCAGAUCCAGAGAAGUUAAGUGUCAGGUAGAGGGGAUAUGUACCUGAAGGGCUCUUUACAUCCAGUGGGUUCAUAGAGAACAAAGUCACACUGCAGUGGAAACAAUCAGAGAAUUAAUCGACUGGUUGAUUGAAAGAGAACGAAUCUGCACUGCUUCUUAAAUGUGAGGAUUUGCUUCUGAUGCUUUUAGUUUUUUAACUUCUUGUGGGCAAAACAAGAGAGGACAAAAAGCCACCUGAGGCACUGUGGUGUUUUCUGGUUGUGUAAAAAUAUGAGGACAUUUUUUAUCAUGCAAUGUGUCGACUUUAAAGAACAGCUGUAAAUAUCCACUUUAAGUUCUCAACACAAGUUCAGACGAUAUCAUCCUCCUCUGUUUAUAUCACACCAGGAGCAGGAGAGAGCUGACUGCAGCAUUGAGACAGAAGUGAACACAUCAUCCUGUUAUUUAUGAGAUCCUUAGACUGAAGGGACGGUGAAUCCUGAGCUUAACUUUUAUACGUGUUUGUUUCUGAUGACAUUAAGGGCUGAUAACUCGAACCAAACACAACGAGAGUGUGUGCAGUUCAGUCAGAAACACAGAGCAGUAAACAUCUUUAACUGAAGUUGAGAGUUCAGUUUGAAGGAGCCAUGUCUGUGACUAUAAAAGAGGAUUAAAUAGUUAGUAUAAUAACUUUAUUUAGAAAGCUCUUUUCAAAAACAGGCGACAAAGUGUUCAAAAGACAAUAUUGAUCAUUCAUUAAAAGAUUCAUAUGCUUAGAUGCACCAGUUUUUCUGCACUAUGAUCAAUUAAAAGUCAUAAUUUCCCACAAAGCAGACGACUCAAGCAACAUCAGACAUCUUCUUUAACUUGAAGUCAAAUUUCUGUACUUCCUUGAGCAGAAAUAUUCCAUCCAGAAGUAAUCCAGCUCUGACGAGUGAAUCUGAAUAUUCGCUGUCGUAGUUUCUCCUCCCAGGACCCCAGAGCACCACUGUCUAUCUGCCCUCAGCCUGUCUGUCUGUCUGUCUGUCUGUCUGUCUCUCUGUAUGUCUGCCUGCACAACAUGAAAAUGUACAAAUGUAUUUCUUUAGAAGUAUUUUCUUUAACACAACGUUUCUCGCUGGUAAAUAUGGAAAACUGCCCGUUUCCUUUGUUCUGUUUCCUUUUUCUACGCCUGUGAUGCCGUGAGAUCACACCCCACCAUCCACCGUCACACACACACACAUCAGGACGAACAGGUUGCAUGAAUGACAUAGUCUUUAUUAAUGUACUGCUGUGCAUGUCUUGAAGUCCCAUCCCUCCACUAUGCAAUCACUGUAACAUACCAACACAAAACCACCACCAUGGAAAUGGUUGAAUGAAUGAAACAAUAAUGUAUAAAGUGAUCAGAACUAACUGCGAGUCUUUGGCUCUGUACAGAUGUUUCUCUGACUUGAAAAUACAGAUUUUGAUUUUGAA